AUGGCACCCAACAUUCGAAAAUCCCACCCCCUACUAAAAAUAAUUAACAACUCCCUAAUCGACCUCCCAGCCCCAUCCAACAUCUCUGCUUGAUGAAAUUUCGGCUCCCUAUUAGCAGUCUGCCUCAUGACCCAAAUCCUCACCGGCCUACUACUAGCCAUGCACUACACAGCAGACACAUCCCUAGCCUUCUCCUCCGUAGCCCACACUUGCCGGAACGUACAAUACGGCUGACUCAUCCGGAAUCUCCACGCAAACGGCGCCUCAUUCUUCUUCAUCUGUAUCUUCCUUCACAUCGGACGAGGCCUAUACUACGGCUCCUACCUCUACAAGGAAACCUGAAACACAGGAGUAAUCCUCCUCCUCACACUCAUAGCCACCGCCUUUGUGGGCUAUGUUCUCCCAUGGGGCCAAAUAUCAUUCUGAGGGGCCACCGUUAUCACAAACCUAUUCUCAGCAAUUCCCUACAUUGGACACACCCUAGUAGAGUGAGCCUGAGGGGGAUUUUCAGUCGACAACCCAACCCUUACCCGAUUCUUCGCCUUACACUUCCUCCUCCCCUUUACAAUCGCAGGUAUUACUAUCAUCCACCUCACCUUCCUACACGAAUCAGGCUCAAACAACCCCCUAGGCAUCUCAUCCGACUCUGACAAAAUUCCAUUUCACCCAUACUACUCCUUCAAAGACAUUCUGGGCUUAACUCUCAUACUCACCCCAUUCCUAACACUAGCCCUAUUCUCCCCCAACCUCCUAGGAGACCCAGAAAACUUCACCCCAGCAAACCCACUAGUAACCCCCCCACAUAUCAAACCAGAAUGAUAUUUUCUAUUCGCCUAUGCCAUCCUACGCUCCAUCCCCAACAAACUUGGAGGUGUACUAGCCCUAGCAGCCUCAGUCCUCAUCCUCUUCCUAAUCCCCUUCCUCCACAAAUCUAAACAACGAACAAUAACCUUCCGACCACUCUCCCAAACCCUAUUCUGACUUCUAGUAGCCAACCUUCUUAUCCUAACCUGAAUCGGAAGCCAACCAGUAGAACACCCCUUCAUCAUCAUUGGCCAAAUAGCAUCCCUCUCUUACUUCACCAUCCUACUUAUCCUCUUCCCCACAAUCGGAACACUAGAAAACAAAAUACUCAACUACUAA